AUGGCAAGGAUCUCUCUGUUGUUAUCUUUAACCUUCACUCUCUCCCUUGGAUUAUUGUUCCUUUCCGUUUCCAGUCACACACCUCCGGUACCAUUAUCUCCAAAAACUGUAUCCGAACUCCAAACCUUACCCUUUGCCAAAAUCACUGAGAUCUUAAACCAUAAAGAAAAGUUUUCCCCAAAAACCGCCAAAAUUAAGGCAAUGUUCACAAUGUGCAAAGGCUAUGUUGAGUACCUUGAGAGCCUCUACAAAUCUGAGAAUCCCAUCGUAGAUGUUUUAGGUAUUGCCAAGACAAAAUAUGCCCUAACAACCAAAGCGAUUCUUGAGGUGCAAGCUAGUAUUAUCGGUAAAGUCGAGAAGAAAACUUCCUUGAAGCUAAUGAAAAGCUGUGCUGGUUUUACAAAAGGGCUUCUUCAUGUUCAAAAGGCGAUCCUAAAGAUCUCAGCCAAACAUAAUUACAAGGCUGAUGCUAACAUCAACUUUCGCGAAUCGAAAAAGAUCGGUGAUGCUAUGCUAUAUUUCAGGAAUUCGAUCAAUGAUUUCAUGGAUGUAGUUAACGAUUUUGAGGAGAAGAAGAUGAAGAAAGUUGUUCAACAUGCAAGAGCACAUGAAGGAAGAGCAAUUUAUCACGGAAGAAAAGUAACCGAAGAACAAGCAGAGAACAAAACCACUGAAAAAGUCAACGGUUCGGACCAAAGUAAGUAUGACAAGUAUUCCCAGUUCUUUGGUUCUUUUUUCGAAGGUAAGCAACACGGAAGAGAGUUAACCGAAGCUCAGGCCGAUGGAAAAUUCAACAAUUUGUAUGAGGAGUUUGCUAAAUAUAUGCCUUACCUCGGAGAUAAAGCUCACAAAAGAAAACUACUAGAAGAUCAAGCAGGAGUCAAUGCCGGAGCUCAGGGCAGUGGAGAAUUUAAAGGUUCAUUCGAAUAUUUCUUCAACUUCAUUGGUAGUCAAAAAUUUCAAAGGGAUUCCGCUGGGAAGAUGAAAGUCGCCGGAAAGAUGGAUUCAGGUCACUGA